AUGGCUCGCUCAAAGAACCUGCACCGCGCGAACCAGCGACUCGAAUACGCUAAAGAGAUUCAGUCUAAGAUCCGGACAUGGACCGUGGGAGAAUUUUUUCGACUCAGUACAGUCCAUCUCGCCCUCCUUAUGAUGGCACCGAUGUCUGUUUUCCAGCCGGGUCGGAUCCUGUCGCCAGUGGACCAGACAGAGGAGUUCCUGCAUCUUGGUCUGACAACGUUCCCUCCAUUAGUUCGACACUUCUUGGAACAGUCCCUCAUUUCUCAAAGCCGCAACGAUGACCCAGCCAGCCAGCCCGAGAAGAACCUGUGUCUCCAGCGAGAUGGAAACGUCUGCGUCUUCACAGGAAAUCCCAACCCGAGAGUAUGCCAUAUACUCCCUCCUUCGUGGGGCCACAGCAAGGCAGCCAUGAAGAAGACUCUGUUGUUGCGUCCAUCAAUAAACGCCCUCAUGGGAACCGACUGGAUGCAUCAACACGAUAAACACAUUCGUGACGCGGACAGAAUUUGGAAUAUGCUUUGUCUCAACGAAAAGCUUCAUGAACUUUGGGCACGUGGCUUAUGUGCGUUUAAAGGCAUCAGAGUUCAGCACCUGAGCCACCGCGAGUCUGUCGUCGUUCUCGAGUUUCACUGGAUGCCGAAACUGGAGAACACCAAGCCAAUGGUGCACGCGGAGCUUGGGGGGAAGAAGAAUGACUGGACCAAGAUGGUCCAUGUCAUGAACCAACUCCAUGCCUCGCAAUUGCCAGUGGCAGCCCAAAACGUUCCACCAGGGUUGUCAAUUCCAUCGGGGAAGCGCAUCGACAUCCGGAUGGCAAGGAGAGAAGCCGCCAGCUUCAAGGCCAUGAUUGACUUGCAAUGGGCCUGCAUCUCCGCGGCAGCUCUGAGCGGCGCUACAUCGCCUGGGAUGCUGCAUGAAUACGAGCCAUACUGGUGGAGAUCUGACGAGGCGUACUGGUGGAAAUGUGAAGAGGGCAAGAGGUUCAGUGUCUUAUCAUGGCUUGAGAAAAUCGACUAG